AUGUCACCAAAGUCCAAACCGUCUAUUCGCCAUCGUGAACGGAACCGUCAUCGAGACCAGGAUAACAGCGAAGACGAAACUCCUCAAAAGAGCACCCCACGUCGCGUCGAGACCAGGGAACGCCGCCGACGGUCGUCCCACGGAACCUCCACCCGCUCAUCCAUAACCUCUACCAAAAAAAGAACUCGACGCUCCGAUACCGCUCGCCACCCUUCAUCCUCUACAUCGAGUUUGAAAGAUAAAAACAGCUCCAUGCCUGGAGUCGAAGAUUCCUACGCCGAGUCCCUGUUAAGUUCCAGGGCAGGGAGGCCGUACCCCUCGUUUUCAAAAGAUCAUUGCAAAGAGGCGAUCGGGAGUCGAGAAAACGUGGGAAUGCGAGUAAAUAUUUUAACCCCCGAGCCUACAGAUAUAACUGUUGAAAAAUCGAGAGACGGCCGGCCGCCAAGUCGAAACAAGAAUAACCAACAGAAGAGACAGAGCACAGCAACCAAUACUACCCGUCCCCCAAGCCCACCUCUUACGAAUGAUGAAAAUCAACCCUCGCGGAGGAGCACACCUAGCGUCAGUAAGGCAACGGAGAUAAAAACACCCUCUGCAGGGAAGACGAGUGAUGAAACAAAAAGGCCCAAGAGCCGAGCACACAGCACUAGGUCAUCCUCCAGUCUGAAACGAGUAUCUUCUGAACAUGCUCAGAGGCAUGGCGAUAAAAUACAAAGACCCGGCACUCCAGCGUCAAAAUUCAACAUUUUCGACGCAUUUCAGAUUCCCCACAGAUCAUCGACGGUUUCCUCAAGGCAGAGACAACAGACAAAAGAUGAUAGAGUGAGAAGAUCAAGCAAAUCUCAGGAGACAGUCUCGCCGACAACAUCUGUCUCUGAAGACGAAACUGUCUUAGGACCUAGCAAACCGGCCACAGCCUCGAGAUGCAAGACAUCGUCCCCGUUACCCUCGCGGGCUAAGAAGCCUACAGAUAGGUCUGGGACUCCUACCGGCGGGAGGUCAACUCCGGUAAACAUCCCAAUAUCCAACGGGCAAUCGACGCCUCGGGCGGCUAGUGUUGAUUAUUUGUUACAACACGGAGGCUUGAAUUAUCAUGUACCACGGAACUUUCUAGGUGCCGGCGAAUCUGCAAAUAUGCCCCAGCAGCUUUUUGACCCGUUGACUGUUGGAAGUAGACUAUUCGAACCGUUCUCUAAACUACUCGAGGACUACGGAACGGUAAUGUCGAAGCGUGGCUCACUCGCCGUCGCAACUGGGUACAGAUCCGUUGCAAGAAGGUUACUGGACAGGCUAGAGGCGGUUUUUGCGCGAGAUAUCUCGCAGGAAGUGUGUGAAUGCAUCAUGUGCAUUGAACAUGAACCCUCAGAAGACGCCAGCGGAGUUAGUUGGGGCGAGGUUCUUGAGCUUGUCUCUGGUCGAAGCGACUUGCCCGCCUGGCCACCGUUCCAGAUUCAUACAGAGCCAGAUGCAGCAGAAAUAGGGAAGACAACACAUGUACCCAUGCAGAAACUCGAUAUUGAUGUACCGAGGGAAUUAAGAGAACACUACGUCCUCCAGUCACGGAAGACAAAGCAGGCUGUGGAUGAUUGGCUCUCUCGCCAAUCCCAAGAUUCUACCAGUGCACCAGAAAUGAUUGACGAUGAAACUCUCGCUUUUGCCAUGCUGACCUAUCUCGAACCGGAGCAAAGAAGACUUUUUAGCAAGUUGCUUGACCUGCCCACAUCACCCCCAGCUCCAAAACCGCUGACACCAAAGCCACGAGAACGCCCAGAGGCAUUAGCCAUCGCCGGGCCGGCCAUUCAACGGCUGUACCGCCUUGCUUCGGAGCCACGCGACCCAGAUACGGCACUUUAUAUGGUGAACAACCACAACAUGCAUCACGCCCUGGCUACCCUUUCCGCCAUUAGCAACGAUGAAUGGGAUAUUCUCAUUUCAGGUCGCUUUGAUGGUUUUCUUCGAAGCGGCGCUGAAGACGAUCUUCCACCCACUUCUGCUACAGCACCUCCACUAGACGGUAGAACUCGGUCCCCACGAAAGAACGGCACCAAUAGUUCACGUCCAGCUAGCCAGCCGUUUGGCCGUCGAAACGGACCAGCUUCGUUCGGGGCGCCGAUAUCUGUUGAUGAAGAAAACGAAAUCGCCGCUUUGGCAGAAAUUGAGCGAGAUAUCUAUGUGGGCAUGGAAGCUUUGGAGGAUGCAUUCGAAGCUUUGCACUACAAAGCUGAGGCUGUCCGCACUGCGUUGCGCGAGCGUAGUGCUGGGCUCGCCGUAGCUAGCCAAGCGCGUCGUGGAAUCCCGGGUUAUUUGGGUUCAGUUAGCCGAAGCCCAAACCCAGGAUUCUCAGGAUUUGGCGGCCAUCCUGGUGGAAUCGAGUGCGAGACGGACGACGGAAUUGACGACGGGCUGUCCUCGAUAGCACCGUCCGAAUCUGCUAGUAACAUUAGUUCUAGCCGAAGACGAAGACCGAAAAGACGAACUGAGAGGCGCACACCAUCUGUGGUUGGGGAGGAAGAUGAAGAAGACCACUAUUUACAUGUGCCCAAGCGAACUGGCACAGGAAGCUCUGGCAGAAGAAGGUGAUUUAUUCCUGACAAUCAGAGCUCUGCCUCACCACUAUCUUCUACUCUCUUUUUUUCCCCCAAACUCUUUCGCGCCUAUGUUUGGUUUCUUCCCGCUUUCAUACGUCCCAGAUUGCAUUGGCCUCGGAAACUGCGAGACUCCAUUGUUGGCCAAAUAUUAUGAGAAAUGAUAAGAUUACGACACCACGGUAUGAAGGUUUAAUUGUGCCUAUCUUUUCCUUUUCUUUUUUUUAUAUUAAAUUUUGGCGAUUGCAUUUGGCAGGUUUAUAUCUUGUUUGCUAGUUUCCUCCCAAGUUUCUAAUCCAAUUCCGUCCUCACUGUAUCCUUCCCUCUUGUACUCCUGGCAUCAUGAGUUGUAUUGCAAAUCAUAACUUCAUUUGUUUUCCAGCAGGAAGUUAUGUGUAAUGCAUGUUAUGCAGCUGUAUGCAGGAUUGUGGUUUCUUCACCACCAAGUACUCCAAGGAACCAGACAAGUGCAAGUCAUUGUAUUUACUCACAAUGCAUUGUUGCAAGUCCCUGACAAGCAUGUCUUACCAGUCAAUUUAACUUCCAAUUAACCUAUCAGUG